AGGAUUCUAUAUGAUGGCGAAUUAUACUAGUACUAGUACUAUUGACGAAUAAUAAAGUCAGAAAAUGGGAACACAUCAUUGGGCAUUUUACGUCGGAAAAUUGAGCAGAGAGAGAUGAUUUGCGUUUGAGACUACAGAGCGAGAAUUGUACUGCUCCAGAUGGACAAUAUCUCUCUCUCUCUCUCCCUCUCCCUCUCUGCGCUUAUAGCCGGUGUCAAGGGUCUCCGAUAAACAGCAGUCCGGACCACUCUUGCCUUUGAUCUUGAAAAACCCUAAUAUGUGCCCAAAACUCUAACCCUUCCUUAUCUUCACGCUGUUUCCAUGUAAAUGCAGCAGAGGAAGAACAUAAACAAUAGGAAGACGUAUCCAUGCGAACGUCUCGCUUUCUUACUCUUGCCCGCCACCACUCCUCCGCCCUCACCUCCCUAUCUCCGCCCGCCACGUCCCUCCUUCGCUCCUCUCUUCUCCCUGAAUUUUGCAGAACAUCUGCCACCGACGAUCGCCCUAGUUUUCAAUUCCAUUCCAACACUCUACUACGCCAUGGAGGACGAGGAGGAGGGUUCUUCACUUCUCCAUUUCCAUAUCGAGGUCUUGUCUCACGAUAUUGCUCCUCGCGACAAGCCAUUUCAUUGGCUUCAUUUACAUUCGAUUCCUGUAACCGAAGUUUUUUCACCAGAGCUAAAGAAAUAAAGAAGAUAGAAGUUCAACAUGAUCACAGCCAGCGAGCGGUAACAACAGCAUUAUGGUGCAACUUCCUUGUCUUCUCUCUCAAGUUUGGGGUCUGGUUUGGCACUUCAAGCCAUGUCAUGCUGGCUGAAGUGGUUCAUUCUGUUGCAGAUUUUGCAAAUCAGGCACUUCUUGCGUACGGUUUAAGUAGUUCAAGACGUGCUCCAGAUGCCCUCCACCCUUAUGGUUAUUCCAAAGAAAGAUUUGUUUGGUCCUUAAUAUCGGCUGUUGGUAUCUUUUGUCUUGGUUCGGGUGCGACAAUUGUUCAUGGCAUUCAGAACUUGUGGACAUCGCAGCCCCCUGGAAAUAUUCAAUAUGCAGCUUUGGUCAUUGGUGGCUCAUUCCUUAUUGAAGGUGCUUCUCUUGUUGUGGCCAUACAUGCUGUCAGGAAAGGUGCAGCUGCAGAGGGUAUGACAGUGAGAGACUAUGUUUGGCGUGGUCAUGAUCCCACAGCUGUUGCAGUCAUGACGGAGGAUGGUGCAGCAGUAACUGGUCUUCUCAUUGCUGGUGCAUCAUUGGUUGCUGUUAAUACCACAGGAAAUGCAAUCUAUGAUCCUAUUGGUUCAAUAAUUGUGGGCAACCUUCUUGGAAUGGUUGCUAUAUUUCUCAUCCAAAGGAAUCGCCAUGCUUUGAUUGGUAGAGCAAUUGAUGAUCACGACAUGGAAAGGGUUCUUCAUUUUCUGAGAAAUGACCCAGUAGUAGAUGCUAUAUAUGAUUGCAAAAGUGAAGUGAUCGGGCCUGGAUUUUUUAGGUUCAAGGCUGAAAUAGAUUUCAACGGUGAGGCGCUGGUGCAGAAUUAUUUGAAAAGAACAGGACGUGAUGAGUGGGCCAGACAGUUUCGAGAGACAGCAAAGGAGAAGGAUAAUACUGGCUUGCUCAAGGUCAUGUCAUGCUAUGGUGAAGAAGUGGUUACAGCUCUGGGGAGUGAAGUUGAUAGGCUAGAAAAGGAAAUCCAGGAAAUUGUCCCUGGAAUUCGGCAUGUUGAUAUUGAGGCCCACAAUCCCAUUGGCCCAUCCCCAUGAUUCCCAUUCCUUGCAUUUAAGUAGUAUUUUUACAUGAUUUUGGUAUUGUAAUUUACGCUCAACAAGAAAAUCACCUGCAAUGAUUCUCUAAGCACAAAAUGAUGGCAGUCAACAAAUGUAUCCACGAAUGUUAAUAGUGAAGACCGAAACAUAUUGAAGACGUCAACCUGCCUAAGCCAUGGCAGCACAAAA